CGGACUGGGCUCGGCGGGGAGGGCGGGGGCGCCGCGGUGUGGCCAGACUCCGGGGCUCCCCCCUUCGCCCUCUGGCUCCCGUGAAUGGAGCCGCCCGCCUGAUGGGCGAGGAGGCGGCGCGUUUGCCGCUUGCAGAGACCCAGCGCCGCCGCCCAUCGGCCGCCUCGCUCUAGAUUUGCCUCGCCGGAGCCGAGCCGCUUCCCAGAAACUUUCCCCGGGCCCGGGAGAAGCCCCCGCCCGCUCCCCUACCGGUCCCCGGGGCCCCUCGGAGCUGCCGCCGCCGCUGGCCAGGAGGAGCCGGGGGAGCCAGGCGGCCGCGGCGGGAGCUCUCCGUGGUGCUGGAAUGUCCGCGCGGGUUCUGGGCGGCCGGGCGGCCGGGGCGUGGGGCCGGCCGGCGUCGUGGUGAUCGGCGGCGCCCCGGGCUCCCUCGGCUUUUCCCUCCCCAUGCGGGGUCUGGACCUCCGGGGCUGAAGCGGCCCUCCUUUCCAUGUGGCUGCACCAUGGACUCGCGCUGGAGGAGGAUGGCAGAUCCGCUCCUCUACAUCAACGCAGCCUUCCUGGCUUAUUUCAGCUGUGCCAGCCUGUCCUGGGCAGAUGCAGACAGCCCCUCCGCCCCGGUCAACGUCACAGUCAAGCUCCUGAAGGCCAACUCAGCGGUUGUGACCUGGGAUGUUUUGGAAGAGGAAGUGGUCAUCGGCUUCGCAAUUUCACAACAGAAGAAGGAUGUCCGAAUGCUGCGUUUCAUCCAGGAAGUGAACACCACCACUCGCUCGUGCUCCCUCUGGGACCUGGAGGAAGACACCGAGUACAUCGUGCACGUCCAGUCCAUCAGCAUCCAAGGCCAGAGUCCAGCCAGCGAGCCAGUCCACUUCAAGACCCUGCGAGAAGCAGAGAAAUUGGCUUCAAAGAACAAAGAUGAAGUAACGAUGAAGGAAAUGGGAGACAAAAAUCAACAGCUGCGAGCCGGCGAAAUCCUGAUCAUCGUGGUCGUCUUGUUCAUGUGGGCAGGGGUGAUUGCCCUGUUCUGCAGGCAGUAUGACAUCAUCAAAGACAACGAACCAAACAACAAUAAGGAGAAAGCCAAGAACACAUCAGAAAACAGCACCCCAGAACAUCAGAGUGGGGGUCUCCUGCGUAGUAAGUUUCCAAAAACCAAGCCCUCGGUGAACAUCAUUGAAGCAUGAUAGCAGAUGGAAAGGGCUGCAACUCUUUUCAGCUUCCUCUCUUCAUUUUCCUCUCCGAGAUCUGGCAGCCAAGAGGUGAAAUACGAUUAGACUUCCUGUUCAACUGGCUCAGCUAAAACCUCCCCAUUUUUGCCAUGGGAAAAAGAAAGUCUGACAAAACUUUUGCAAAAUGAAGAGAAUAACUCUGCAAGGAAAACUGCCUAAUGGGAACCUUUCCAUGAAACUGGGGCCGGUCUUCAAUAACAUUACUAGCUUACCUUUCCCCAAUUCCAUGUCUUUCAGAUGUACUAAAUGAUAACUUUCCUAAUCCCCAGCUGGUUUGACCUUUGGGGCUGGGGAUUAUGGGAGAUGAAAUCCACACAUUUGAAGAGGGCCUGAAUAGGGAAAACUGAACUACAUUUGCUGCCGGAGAUAAUAAGAUCUUGCCUUCCUGCCCUAGAGACUAAGUCAAUCAACCUUUGCCAUGCCUCUCUUCCUCAGGCUAGGAAUCCCCAGUCACAACUUAGUCUUAGCCCAGGAGAGACAUGGUGAAGAUUAGCUCUUGUUUCUAGAAGAAAGACAAAACUGUGGAUUUUCCCAGGUUGUACCUUCCCUUUCCUUCUCUUUUGUAUCUUACAUCCGACUCCUGGAAAAUAGUUCAUCAUGUUGCUAUUUUGCUUUUGGGCUAAAUGGUUAAAUUUCUAAGGAGGACGUGCUAUCCUGUAUUUCAGGCAUCACUGCCUCAGUCUCUCCUUUUGGUGGUAAUCUUGGAGACACUUUUCCUUGGACUAAACAAAACGUUUGGCUUCACAAUGAGUUCCAUUGCAGGCAUCUUGUUCUUCGUGCAUUAAGCACCUGUAACUGUUGAGAGGCAUUCAAUGUUCUUCCUUUAAAACAAAAACAAAUCAGAAGCACAUGACACGUCCCACCUGGAUUCUCAGGGCUCCAUUAACCGCUGUUGCUGCUUUCAAAUUAUUUUGAGCAGUUGUGUAAGUCAUCUUAUUCCCACAAUUUGUGGGAUAAUCAACACAGAAUGCAAAAAAAAAAAAAAAGUAAAAAUGUUCCAGCUUUACCGAAUAAUGAAGUUUGACAGCAUCACAGACCAGAACUGAACACGUGCUGUUCUUUCCUCUUAAAUAGGGAGAGGAUAAUACCCACCCCUCUCCCAAAUAUAUGUUUUAUAUCCCCUUAACUUCUUCAGAAACAUCUUGGAAAUUAUAGUUUAGUGUAGUGCUGAAAUUAUACAGAUGAUCCAGGUUAAAGAAAGGGUCUUAUCUACUGUCUUGUUUCUUAGGAGAAUAGCCAGAGAGGAGUUUUGUAGGAACCCAUAAGCACUUCUUCUUUGGCCCCAACAGUUAAUCCUCUAUUUUGCACACUCAGAGAAUCAGUUAUCAGUUUUAUGAAACAAUGCAAGGUAAGGGCAGUGUCUGCCAUUAAAUGUUUUAGUUCCCUUUUGGGAGGGGGGGGGAUCACAAUCGCAAUUCAUGCCCUGUUAAUUGUCCUUUUGCAAAAAAAAAGGGUUUGCAUUUUCCUAUUUUAAACUUGCUGUUUGCCUGGACCUUAGUUUUAGGGCAAACUAAAAAAGGUAAUCAAUUACUUUGUCAGAAAACCAGAACCGAGGCCUUACCUAACCAGUUCCCUGGUUCCUUAGACAGAUCUCACCCUUUCUAAUAUUCCUUUUCAACGGGAUCUGAUGUGAUGCACCCACAAUUGUGUGCCAAGCAAUUGCAAUCUGGUCCAUGAAAAGUGCUAGUCCUGGCAGUGUCUCCAAUUUAAUAUUAAGAGCAUUGCAGCUGAGUAGUUGGCACCAAUAAGCGUUCUGGCAUUCGUGAAAUCUGUGUCUGAGUGCUCAGUUGGGGGAAGAAAAGAUCCCAGAUUAAUGCAGGGGGGAAAGGAGACUUUAUAAGUGGAAUAUCGUUUUAACUUUCCUGCAAGCACUCAAGAAAAGCAAAUGCUUGGAAUGUUAAUGGGUGUUGUUUGAGGGAGGGGAUUCACGGAACUGGAUUUGAAGUGGACUUACAGAAUUGUGACUUUUGUUAGCGCUGCCUUCGCCUAUCUUAUUAGCAAGACUUUUUAUUUUUUUAAUUACUUAAAAUUUACUGCUGUAAGAUCAAAAUAUGGGGGAAUCUAUUUAAUUCAUGUAUUUAUGCCCUGCCUUUCUUUUCUCAGUGGAGCCUUGUAAUCUGCCAGACCUGUGAAGGAGGAGCCCAGGCUGGGUCUUGCGCCUGUGUUAGGAUAGGAACUCAUUUCCUACCUUCAAAGCCCACCAUGCUGGUUACUCCAGGACAGAAACCCACAAACUGAGCCAGAUCGGGGUAUAGUGGAUGAAGGAGCAAACUCAAGCUGUCUCCUUCCAGGUCUUAAUUAUAUAGCACUUGCUAUAUAUGCAAUUGCAGAUGAAGUCUUUAAAACAUUUUUUUUUCAUUCUGUUUCAAAAUCUUUGCCCCCAAACACAGGCAACCUCCACCUUCCAGACCUACUGUCUUUGUAGAUUGCAAUUCCCAUCAUCCCCUGUAACCCAUCUUAUUUGGAAGAUGCCAAGUCUGUCUGAUGACUUCCUCAAAAUGUGUAGAUAAUCUUCUAAGCCUUCUGUACAGUGGUGCUUGAACCAUUUAGAAUUUUCAAUAUUUCUGCAUAAAUAUGAUCUAAUACAUGAUCUUCUCUCCACCCUCCUAAAACUAGUUAAAGAGAAUCCACACCACCCAGUGAUCAAAAAUUAUAUUUGUUCAUGCAUUAAUUGAGGAAAAUGAUCUGAAGCUACGUAUUUGUGUGUUGCAAAAGUAGGCAAAUCUUUGCUUUCAGUAACUGGUGUGCCUGCCUUAGGUAGCAGUAAUACAAUUAAACAUUCCAUGUUUUAAGCCACUUGUAUGCAGAAAUAUUGAAAAUUCAAGGAAGUUUGCAACUUUUCCACACCACUGCAGCCCCAAACAGAUCCCUGCAUGAAGAACAGGCAGCCCAGUAAGAAAGAACUUGCCCUCCCUCACCAGGUGUUUGCACGCUGCUCCCAGAAGUCCUUCCAUCAUCGUAUGGGGGAACAGUUGGAUUUUCUCCUGUUCCUUCCCAAAGGAUGAUGUGAGGCAAGUUUGAAACCUUCUCUGUAAAUCUCGGUAGGUAAAAAUUAACCAGGCCCUCUUUUUAAAGAAGGCUGGGAGGCUCAGUGCUGCUCACUAAUUGCAGAGCGCAAGUUGUGUUCUUGAGGACAUACGCACAAACGAAUUGCUUUUUCCACAUUAUUUAAAGCUUCCAUGCUGCUCCAAACAGCUGGGUUCUUCCAUUUCAUACUAAUAGAGCCCUGGGUGUAUGUUCCUUUGCUAAAAGCACAAGUGGCAGAGAAUAUGAAAUGCUAAGAUGGUUGAGAUUUCUGGCUAAAAUUUAUUUCAGACUCAGACUCGGUGCUCGCUUUACACAUUCCCUUGAGCCAUAAUGUUGUUUGUUAAGUUUUGGCAUAUUGUAAUGAGAACUCCAGCGAUACGGUUUCACACAACGUAUGACUCUGGCAAUUUUACUUAAGACGCUCUCCUGUCUUAGGCAUCUUGGUGGGAAGGUGAGGCUUGAUAUGCUGGGUGCCCGUGGCCAGGGAGGAACGGCUGAAGAAAUAAUUCCUGACUUACUUCAGGAACAGGGGGCUGACCAGUGCUGGAAAUGGAUAGGACGUGAUAAUCCAGCAGGGCUCUUUUUUAAAAUAGUAAUUUUAUUAAAGGUUGCAAUUACAAAGGUAAGAUGCUACAAACUAAAAAAGAAUAAAAAGAGAAAAUGGAAGGUGCAGAAAAGAAAAAAUGGAGAAAUAGAAAAGAGAAAAAAGAACAUGGUAAAAAAGACUAUAUAUAUAUAUAUAUGACUUCUCCCUUUAUCACAAAUAUAAACAAUUUUAGUAACUUAUCACCUCUUAGAAGACAACAAAUGAUCUGUUCUUCCCAUAUCCCAUCUCUUAAAAAAAAAAUAGGCAAAGCUUUCCUCUGUCCAGUCAUGUCCGACUCUCAGGGGCCGGGCUCUUCUCCGUGUCCCAGCUGAGGGAGCCAGCCUUGUCCAAAGAUGCUUCCAUGGUCAGAUGGCCAGCCGAGGCACAUGGGACGCUCUUAGCUUCCCACUGAAGGGGUGCCUAUUUAUCUACUCACGUUUACAUGCUUUCAAACUGCUAGGUGGGCAGCAGCAAGAACAGAUGCUCAACCACCAUUCAGUAUUUGGGUCUCAAACGGUCCACCUCCUGGCUGGCAAAGCCCCACAUCUUCAUUACUAGGCCACUGUGACCCACAUACCCCAUUUCUUAGCUAUAAACAAAUCCACAAAGCCCAUCAUUUCAGUCCUGCCACCCAAAGUUGAUUAAAGGUUACCAGAGAUAAUGGCACAUCUACUUUAACCUUGAUCAAAUAAACCAGCUUUGUAUUCCUUCCUUUUACUUCUAACUUCUUAAUCUUUAUUUCAUCAAAUAAUGUUGUAGAGUUUGAUUUCUUUUUAUUUUUUCUUUUCCCUUCCUAAAAGAUUCUUCAAAAUUUUAACAAAUCUCUUUUGUAAAUCUAACAUAGGAAAAUAAUCCAGUAAAUUUUCCAAUAAACUCUUUGGUGUAUUGUUUAUACGUGCCUUUUAAUUCUUAAAACAUCAGCCAGUUUCUUUUGUAUGUUCAGUAUAUCUUAUUCCAUAUCAUUCUUGUAGCCUGUCAUUUGUUACAUGAUCUUUCAACUCAGUCUUGAUCUUGUCAGGUAAAACUUGUUCUUCGAUAACAUCUUUUAGACGUCUUUCCACAGAGGCAGGUGUCACUGCUGACACUAUUAAUUUCUGAAUCCAUUCUUCAAAAAUAUCCUUCUGUGUGUCUGUUAGCAUAUUUUGCUCCAGUCUGUAAUUAUUACUUGAGUUUGUGUUCUUUAAUUGUAAUCUUUAGUUCCCUUUAAUAUCCAAUUUUUAAAAUAAUAUUUUUAUAUAUUUUUAAAUAUAUAUGUAUUUUUAAAUGUGUGUGUGUGUGUGUGUAUUUAAAAAUCAAAACAAAAGCACUUUCCCAUAAGGAUUCCUUAUAAAUAAUUCCAAAAUCUUAAUUCAAAUUUAUCUGGACUCAGCCUAAUCACCAUUUUGCU